CAAUCUGGUUGUAUGAUAAGUUGAAGUUCUCCUCACGAGAUUGCUCCUUCUUGCAACUUUAUAUUGUAUAUAUAAGGUCACCGGUUGAUACUAGAAUGCAGUAGUACGUCCCUUAAAACUUUCCCUCCACCCAUCACAAUCAUGUCUCCUGCUACCGUCCAAUUGCAACGUGCAGCCGUCCUUCACGGUCCCAGGGACCUUCGUCUCGAGGAACGCCCAUUCUGGCCUCCACAGUACAACUAUGCACAAGUAGCAAUACAGUCAACCGGACUGUGCGGAAGCGACUUACACUAUUACCUAGAAGGUCGCAAUGGUGAUUUUGCACUCCAAGCACCCCUCGUCCUUGGCCAUGAAUCAGCAGGUGUGAUUACUGCUGUCGGUCCGGGUGUGAAAAAUCUAGUCCUCGGUCAACGCGUCGCAAUAGAGGCCGGCGUUAUGUGCAAGAAGUGCAAUUAUUGCCAGACUGGUCGUUACAAUCUUUGCAAGGACAUGCAGUUUGCCAGUAGCGCAAAGACCUUCCCUCAUCUUGACGGGACACUACAAGACCGGAUGAACCAUCCAGCGUACGCCAUUCAUCCACUCCCUGACAACUGCAGCUUUGACCAAGCCGCCUUGGCUGAGCCUCUGUCAGUUUUGAUACAUGCUGCUAGACGAGCCAAACUUGCUUCAGGUCAACGUGUUCUCGUAUUCGGUACGGGUUCCAUUGGCAUCCUCGCUUGUGCACUGGCCAAUGUAUAUGGUGCCUCUCGGGUCGUUGCCGUUGACAUUAACCAGACGCGACUGGACUUUGCGAAAUCGCAUGGUUUCGCUUCACAAACAUACUGCUUGCCCAAGGUUGACAAGGCCAGAACGCCCGAAGAGCAGCUUCGACGUGCAAAAGACAACGUCUCGACUAUCUUGUCUAAAUUUAACGAACCUGAGGGCUUCGACGUAGUCUUCGAAUGCACGGGCGCUGAACCCUGUAUCCAGAUGUCAAUUCACGCUGCUGUCACAGGCGGCAAAGUCAUGUUGAUUGGAAUGGGGUCACGGAAUGUGAUGCUUCCGCUUUCUGCAGCAGCCCUGCGUGAAGUAGACAUUCAAGGUUCCUUCCGCUAUGCCAACACGUACCCUGAAGCUCUCAAGCUGCUCGGAUCGGGCAAACUCCGCAAUGUCGAAAAACUUAUUACACACCGCGUUCCCUUGGCAGAUACCACGCGAGCUUUUGAAUUGUUGGCUCGUGGCAAAGACGAGAAUGGAAAUAUGGUGAUGAAGAUUAUAAUUGGGCCUUCAUCAUAGUUCUCGUUUAUCUAUUUUCUCUCAUCUUUAUUUGUAGUGGACGGACUAAAGAGCUGCAAAUGUUGUAGUGUAAUUUUUCAUAUUUCAGCACAGGCAUCUUGGAUAAUCCUAUGGGCAUUUGUAAGUUAUUUACGUACGCGCCCUUUUGCAAUAAACAAAUAUUUGCAGCCAUA